ACCUUCACAGCUUGGUGUAACUCCCACUUGAGGAAGGCCGGGACACAGAUUGAGAACAUUGAAGAAGAUUUCAGAAAUGGCCUCAAACUUAUGCUGCUGCUGGAGGUCAUAUCAGGCGAGAGGCUGCCCAAACCCGACAAAGGCAAGAUGCGUUUCCACAAGAUCGCCAACGUGAACAAAGCUCUUGACUUCAUCUGCAGCAAGGGGGUCAAACUGGUGUCUAUUGGUGCUGAGGAAAUUGUUGACGGGAACGCGAAGAUGACCCUUGGUAUGAUCUGGACCAUCAUCCUGCGCUUCGCCAUCCAGGACAUCUCUGUGGAAGAGACCUCUGCUAAGGAGGGUCUGCUGCUGUGGUGCCAGAGGAAGACUGCCCCCUACAGGAACGUCAACGUGCAGAACUUCCACAUCAGUUGGAAGGAUGGCCUGGCUCUGUGCGCCCUCAUCCACAGACACAGACCUGACCUCAUUGACUACUCCAAACUGAGAAAGGAUGACCCCAUUGGCAAUCUGAACACUGCCUUCGAGGUGGCUGAGAAGUUCCUGGACAUCCCCAAGAUGCUUGACGCUGAAGAUAUUGUGAACACACCCAAACCUGAUGAGAAGGCCAUCAUGACCUAUGUGUCCUGCUUCUACCACGCCUUCGCUGGCGCUGAGCAGGCUGAGACAGCUGCCAACCGUAUCUGCAAGGUGCUGGCCGUCAACCAGGAGAAUGAGAAACUGAUGGAGGAGUACGAGAAGCUGGCCAGUGAGCUGCUGGAGUGGAUCCGCCGCACCAUCCCCUGGCUGGAGAACCGCGUGGCGGAGCAGACCAUGCGCGCCAUGCAGCAGAAGCUGGAGGACUUCCGCGACUACCGCCGCAUCCACAAGCCGCCCCGCGUGCAGGAAAAAUGCCAGUUGGAGAUCAACUUCAACACCCUGCAGACCAAGCUGAGGCUCAGCAACAGGCCCGCCUUCAUGCCCUCCGAGGGCAAGAUGGUGUCGGAUAUUGCCAAUGCCUGGAAGGGUCUGGAGCAGGUGGAGAAAGGCUACGAGGAGUGGCUGCUGACAGAGAUCCGCCGCCUGGAGAGACUCGAUCACCUGGCUGAGAAGUUCAAGCAGAAGUGCGCUAUGCACGAGUCCUGGACUGGAGGUAAGGAGGAACUGCUGUCCCAGAAGGACUACGAGUCAGCCUCUCUGAUGGAGAUCAGAGCUCUGAUGAGGAAGCACGAGGCAUUCGAGAGCGACCUCGCCGCUCACCAGGACAGAGUGGAGCAGAUCGCUGCCAUCGCCCAGGAGCUGAAUGAGCUGGACUACCACGAUGCUGCCACAGUCAACACCCGCUGCCAGGGCAUCUGUGACCAGUGGGACAACCUGGGUACCCUCACCCAGAAGAGGAGGGACUCCCUGGAGCGUGUGGAGAAGCUGUGGGAGACUAUUGACCAGCUGUACCUGGAGUUUGCCAAGAGGGCGGCACCCUUCAACAACUGGAUGGACGGAGCCAUGGAGGACCUGCAGGACAUGUUCAUUGUCCACAGCAUUGAGGAGAUCCAGAGUCUGAUCACGGCUCACGACCAGUUCAAGGCCACUCUGCCCGAGGCCGACAAGGAGCGCAUGGCCACCCUGGGCAUCCACAACGAGAUCCUGAAGAUCGCCCAGACCUACGGCAUCAAGCUGUCCGGAGUCAACCCUUACACCACCCUCUCCCCCCAGGACAUCAGCACUAAGUGGGACACCGUGAAGCACUUUGUUCCCCUCAGAGACCAAAUGCUCCAGGAGGAGGUGGCCAGACAGCAGGCCAACGAGAGACUGAGGCGCCAGUUUGCUGCCCAGGCCAACAUCAUCGGACCCUGGAUUCAAACCAAGAUGGAGGAGAUCAGCCACGUGUCUGUGGACAUUGCCGGCUCCCUGGAGGAACAGAUGAACAGCCUGAAACAGUACGAGCAGAACAUCAUCAACUACAAAUCCAACAUCGACAAGCUGGAGGGAGACCACCAACUCAGCCAGGAGUCCCUCAUCUUCGACAACAAGCACACCAACUACACCAUGGAGCACAUCCGCGUGGGCUGGGAGCAGCUGCUCACCACCAUCGCCAGAACCAUCAACGAGGUGGAGAACCAGAUCCUGACCCGCGACGCCAAGGGCAUCAGCCAGGAGCAGCUCAACGAGUUCAGGGCCUCCUUCAACCACUUCGACAGGAAGAGAAACGGCAUGAUGGACCCAGACGACUUCCGUGCCUGUCUCAUCUCCAUGGGUUACGAUCUGGGUGAGGUGGAGUUUGCUCGCAUUAUGACCCUGGUGGACCCCAACAACACGGGCGUGGUGACCUUCCAGGCCUUCAUCGACUUCAUGACCCGCGAGACCGCCGAGACUGACACCGCAGAACAGGUCAUGGCCUCCUUCAAGAUUCUGGCCUCAGACAAGAAUUACAUCACAGUGGAGGAGCUGCGCAGGGAGCUGCCGCCCGAGCAGGCCGAGUACUGCAUCAGCCGCAUGACCAGGUACAUCGGAGCCGACGGCCCCGCCGGUGCCCUGGACUACAUCUCCUUCUCCAGCGCGCUCUACGGAGAGAGCGACUUAUAAACACAGCCGCCUCUCUUCUUCCCCUUCUUCCCAGCUCCCGCCAUUUCUCCUAUGUGGAGAGAGUGAUUUAAACCCCCUUCCACUGUCCUCCUAUAUUCUUUGUUCUUAUCAUUUUUUCCUCUUUCAAAAUCUUAACUUCUCUUUCCCUUCUCCCAACUUCUACCACCCCCCCCCCCAAAAAAAAGAAACACUGCCCGAGAGGGUGAGAGUAGAAGGCUUUGCUCUUAGAAGCUAUGUUUGGACGGGCCAGCUUGUCCCUCAUUACUGCUAGAGUGCCUUUAAAAAACCAGGACGAGGCAGGUAUUGCACUGAACUUAUGUAAGCUUCAUACAUAUAACAUAUCGGCCUUUAGGAGACAUUAAACAGAAAGUGGUAAUGAGGGAGAGGAAAAAAAUGUGAGUUAUUUUGAGCAAAGCCUCGCGCUCUCCCUCUCUGACUUUUUUUGUAGAAGGGUAAUUAAAGAAGAAACGUGAUAAAAAGCUGGUUGGUCAGUUGGCUUGGUUGGUUGUGUAUUUGUGCAGAUGCAUGCUAUGUUGAAGUUUAGAAACGCUGUCUUUGUGAGUCUCUGACUCUUCCUUAAACAUACAAAAAAAAAAA